CUCACUCUGUUUACCAUCAACUACUUCAACUAUCAACCAACACCAAACUACAACAUUAACUCAACACUUUAAUCAACCUAUCAAUCGAAAAGAUGCCACUGGAAGCUACAGUUUGCAUGCUAGAUAAUUCGGAUUACUCGAUUAAUUCAGAUGUUAUUCCAACUCGGUUAGAAGCUGCUUCGGAUGCAGUCAAGACUAUCUUUCGUGCAAAAACAAAUUCAAAUCCGGAGAGUACGUGUGGGCUUAUGACUUUUGCUGGAAAAAGUCCUACAGUUCUUGUUACACCCACUACAGACGAAGGCAAGAUUCACGUGUCUUUACAAACAGUUAAAUCUCAUGGGAUUCCAGACUUAUUAUCAGGUUUAAGUGUAGCAGGUUUAGCACUCAAACAUAGACAAGAAAAAAACCAAAGACAGCGAGCGAUCGUUUUACUUUCAUCACCAUUACCAUCUCAUCUAACAACAGAAGAAUUGAUUAAAUUAGGGAAGAAAUUGAAGAAGAACAAUGUGGCAGUAGAUGUGAUUUUGUUUGGAGCCGAAACCGAUCAAAAUGAAGAAAGAUUGAAAGUGUUUAUUGAGAAUGUCAAUAGUGCUGGAAAUUCAAAGUUGUUGGUCGUUCCUAGUGGUCUUCCUGGUUUGUUGAGUGAUCAUAUUAAACAGAGUGAGAUCUUGGCCGAAGAAGGGUUUGGGAAUGGGGCUACUGGAAGUGGGAUGGGAGGUGGAAAUGAUGGUCAGCUUGGGAAUGGUGAAGGUGGUGGUCUAGAUUUGGAUCCUAAUCUUGAUCCUGAACUUGCAAUGGCUUUGAGAAUGUCGUUACAGGAAGAAGAAGCAAGACAAGCUGCUGCUACAAGACAAGAAUCUUCGUCUACUGGUACAACAGCUUCGACUGUUAAUCCGGUUUCUUCAAGUGUCCAAGAAGCAAGUGGGGAUGAUGAAUUGGCUAAAGCUUUAGCUUUAAGUAGAGAAGAAGAUAUUGAGAUGAAUGAUGCUGAUCAACAAGGAGAAGGAGAUGAAGAAUUAGAUGAAGAAGAAGCGAUUGCUAAAGCAAUUGAAAUGAGUAUGAAGAAACCUUGAUUCUGAGUGUGGGGGAUAGGGUUUGUUUGUUUUUGGAUGAAAUGUUUGGUAUUAUUUGUGUGUGUGUUUUUUGGUUAGGAUAUUUUUUUGUUGUCUUUCAAGAAAUUUAAAGUAUUUUUUUGAGG